CAAUAUGGCCACCGGUAGCUGCGAUAGGUGGCUUGCGUACCCGCUCCUGCAUUAUUUAAGUAAUUUUGCGGUACGUGUAAGUGUAUGUUGAAAUAAACAUUUCGUUGAAAUGAAUAUGUCAGUAGAGAAGAAGAAGUAUCCUUCGGCGUUGCCGACAAAUUGGCCGACGAGGGACGAAACUGCCAGGAAAAGUCAAAACCAAUUGUCAACCACAGGAAAGGUUGACGUUUACUAUUACAGCCGUGGCGUACGAAACGACGCAUCGCUGGUACCACCGAUAAGGCAGACAGCGUCCAUUUUUAAACAACCAGUCACAAUUUAUAAGACUCAGGAGGGUAAAGUGAAAGAUAUCAAACAUGGGAAUCAAGAAAAACCAAAACAGGAAGGAGCCGAUAAAACUGAUGGCAAAUAUGGCUCCCAAGAUAAGCCUAAACAGUUAUUUUGGGAAAAACGUUUGGAAGGUUUAAGAGCAUGCGAUCCAGAUGGUUUCGAAUUUGACGCAAUGGAUUUGCCAAAAAGUUUGAAACCAGUGGGCCCGUACAUUACAGAAGAAACUCUCCUUCAGAGUGUUGCGACUGCUCUACACGUCUCGUCUCAGCCGGUUACAGGACAGACGGGUUCAAAGACAGCUUUAGAGAAGAAUCCCGGGGUAUUUCUUAAUCCCGAUCAACCCCUCGUACAGGCUGUCUCGAUAGCGGACGAAGAUAUCAAGAGGCAAGAGGACCGAGUGGCCCUAGCGAGAAAAAAAUUACAGGACGCGUUACGCGGGGUCCCCGCAUAAAUUGUACAAUUCUUUUUAGCUGUAUUAUCAUUCGCUCAUCCCUAGUCCUAAGUUCCUCAUAAAUUAUGUCAUACCGGUUUUUAUAAUAAAUGUUUUGUAAGCAUCACCACUGUA